AUGUCUUCGUCACAAGACUCAAGAAAUGAUGAUCCAUCCACAUGUGAGAUUGUCGAUUUUGGUAUCUACUAUUUGGACAUAGUGCAAUGUCCAUUAGAUCCAAACCACAAACUUCGACGUCACAGGUUGCCAUAUCAUAUUUUAAAGUGCAGAAAGAAUUUUCCGGAUAAAGUUCAAUGCCCUUAUGGACAUUACUAUUAUUUAGAAAAACAAGAAAUGGCUAAUCAUUUACAGACAUGCCCUCAUAAGCCAAGGACAGCUCAAGCUGAAGAAAUGCAACCAUACAAUGUGCAAGCUCAACAAGCUAGAAAUGAGAAUAUCAAAUACAACUAUGAUGUUGACAAUUAUACAAUUGAUGAACCCUAUUGGGAUUAA